GUAGCCAACCAGCUGUUUUGUUGUGAUUGUUGAUGAUGCGAGGAUAAAGAAUGUAGCUCUCAACAAUAGGAAAAUAUGAACCUUACAGCGAGAGCUAAAAUUGAGAAAACUGGAUUGUUUUUGAGAUCUCUGAUGCAUUUGUGAAUUAUGGAAGUGAAUUCCUCAACAGGAAGCUAAAUCAUGUUAAAAAAAAUUAGAAAAAUGGCAAAGAUUUGCAAAGUCCUGUCUGACGAAGAAGCAUUGAUAAACAAGAAGCUUCCUAAAGAACUCUUAUUGCGGAUAUUUUCAUAUCUUGAUGUUGUAUCUUUAUGCCGGUGUGCUCAGGUCUCAAAGGCAUGGAACAUACUUGCCCUUGAUGGAAGUAAUUGGCAAAGGAUUGAUUUAUUUAACUUCCAAACAGAUAUAGAGGGUGAUGUAGUAGAAAAUAUCUCAAAGAGGUGUGGUGGAUUCCUAAAAAAAUUAAGUUUAAGAGGCUGCCAAAGUGUUGAAGAUGCAGCCCUCAAAACUUUUGCUCAGAAUUGUAACCACAUAGAAGAAUUGAAUUUAAAUGACUGCAAGAAACUCACUGACAGCACAUGUCAGAAUCUUAGUAAGUUCUGUCCCAAAUUACUUCAUUUAGAUAUAGGAUCAUGUUCUCAAAUGACAGAUUUAUCUUUGAAAGCCAUUGGGGAAGGAUGUCCAAAUAUGGAGCACAUCAAUAUAUCUUGGUGCGACCAAGUGUCCAUGAGUGGUGUAGAAGCCUUAGCUAGGGGAUGUGGAAGGCUUAAAGUUUUUAUCUGUAAAGGUUGCUCCCUGAUUGGAGAUGAAGCAUUGCAUGAACUAACGAGGUUUUGUCCUGAUUUGCAAGUUAUUAAUCUUCUGGGUUGCAGUAAUGUAACAGAUGAAGGUGUCCAAUAUAUUAGUCAACGGUGUCCUAAACUUUACUAUUUGUGUCUUUCCAAUUGUUCUCAUCUCACUGAUGCUUCAUUAAUUGCCUUGGGGCAAGGAUGCCAUAAUUUAAAAACGUUAGAAGUUGCUGGGUGCUCUCAGUUCACAGACAGUGGAUUUCAGGCUCUAGCUAAAAAUUGCCAUUUUUUGGAGAAAAUGGAUCUUGAAGAAUGUGUCUUAAUAACAGACAACACAUUAUGUUACCUCGCAGCUGGCUGCCCCCGUUUACAGAAGCUUUCUCUUUCCCACUGUGAAUUAAUUACAGAUGAAGGUCUUCGCCAUCUUGGCACUAGUGCAUGUUCUUCUGAGCAUUUAUCUGUUCUUGAACUAGAUAAUUGUCCUCUAAUCACAGAUCAGUCACUUGAUCAUCUUAUCACUUGUCAUAGUCUUCGAAGGAUUGAGCUUUAUGACUGCCAGCUGAUUACACGUGCUGGGAUUCGAAAGCUGAGGGGCCAUCUUCCUGCUCUUAAAGUUCAUGCUUAUUUUGCUCCUGUAACACCACCACCAUCUGCUGGAGGAGGAAGACCUCGUUAUUGCCGUUGCUGUGUUAUUCUUUGAAAACUGUUUAUAGUAAUUUCUAUUCUUUAUCUUCUGAUGUAUCAUGCAACAGUUAUACCUUAAGUUGCAAUGAAAAAUUUAAAUGUGUUAUGUUGCUAACACAGCAUGGUGAAAGUUUUACAGGUUAUCUCAUAGUCAUCAUAAAGUCAUAAUUUUGCACAUAUGGCAAAUGUAUAUAAGGGUUAUAUAUUUGGAGAAAUCAUUGGCUUUUGUUACUUGGAAAAAAAAUAUAUAAUGUUGGCUUAGUAAUAAUAUAAUGUUGGCUGCGCUUGUAGUUUUAUAUAAAUUUUUUUAAAGUUUUUUGAUGAUGCAAAAUAUGUAGUUAAAAAGGGAUGUCGUAAUAAAUUUUCUCCAUUUUAUAUAAAAAUUUAAGCAUAUUUGUUAGAAUGUUUACUUUAAAAUGGAUUACACAUGUUUCAGUUUUGCUUCCAAAAUGUGCAAGUCUUUUUUUUAUAAGUUUAAAUUAAUUAUUAUGUAUGCAUGUGGUUUAUUUUAUGUUGCAUUUCUUUGACCCAGUUCUGUUUAUUAAAUGGUAUUCUAAUUAAAUACUAAUUCAGAAUUAGCUCUUUUGUUUCUGAGAGUAAAACUCUGCAGUUUUCAGUUAAGAGUGGAUAAACAUGAGACAUGUACCAUAUUUAUUCAUAUAUUCCCUCCUCUUUCACUGACUAGAUAGUGCAAAAAUCCAGAGGGAACGUAAAAUGGUCCAUAUCAUUUUUUACAGUAGUGUUAAAAAACUUAUCUGGUGUAAGACUUUUACUAUGCAUUUUUUAUUUCAAAGAAGUAAGUUUCAGGUAAUGUUUUGAUUAAUAUUCCAUAGCUAUCUACUCAUCUGAUUUUACUAGGGGACUCGCAUAUUUUUAUCAUAGAUCACUGAAUCUUGUUUUUUUUUUAUUUUUAGCCUGUCCUGGAGCACGUAUUUCCUAGAAGUUAAUGAUAUUUAUUUAAUAUAAUGAAGCUUAAAUUGCACAAAUUCCAUUCCCUUAUCUAGCAAUUUUUAACAUUUUUCUGAAUAAAUUUUA